GAAAUGCCUGUCCCGUCUGCGACGAUGGAAACCGACGCGAGUGUCAUUUUGAUGAUCAUGUAUGAAGAUGAGUCGGUGGACAUUCGGUAUGGGAGCGGAGCGCGGUUACAGCUGUCGCCGUGCGGCUCUGAAUUCUUGCUGGUGAAAGCCGCGGACCCCCGCCGACAUCCUCUGCAGCCCGCUGAGAAAGUCCGACAGAGGACCAGGUUCACCAUCAGCACAUACAAGGAGAUGAUGGUGACUGCAUUGUUAUUUAGAAAUAAGUACGCUCGUCAACCUUAUCUGCCAGAUGAACUUAUCUCUGCUGAAAAUAAAAAGCCUUUUUUCAGCAUUGAUUCAGCUGUGCAGUGGCCUGAGGUGACAGCCUCUGUAGCUGAAUUCGGACCCGGAGGCGAGACCAUCGUCAGAUCAGAGCAGGGACGAGCUGUGUUGGUGCUGUCACCCUCGGGUGAAGAAUUCACAGUGGAGUUCACUUGCAGCCUCAGUUCUGCUCAGAAUCGGCACCAUAGCGUGCAGCGUUUGAGCAAGGAACUUGAUGAUAGCCAGAUUAGACAAGAGCAAGUAAGCAGUGAUCACACCAGUGAUCACACUGAAGAGGUCCGCCAAGGAAGAGGAAGCGAGAGGAAGGAGCUGACUAGAUCGAGGUCUUGCUCUCCUCGGAUUAUCAGCGCAGGGCACCAAAAGCCUGAGCAGAUGUACCAAUCCACCACAGUGGUCCAGCAUCACUCCUGCUCUGCGGUUGCUCCCAUGUGGGCCUACCCUCUUUCCUUGGCUCACCAUCACUGGGCAGCUCGUUUCUCUAAAGCUGAAGAUGUAGAGGACGGAGGAGAUAGCGCUUCCAACCAGGCAGACAAGCGAAUAAACAUCAUGGACAUAACUAGUGAAGACAGGAGGCCCCGCCUUCCUUUUGCGCUGCCUCUCACAUGUCAAUCACCUCAUCGGCACAGGUGGAAGGUUAAAGAUCCACUGGGCAAAGAAGAACACACAGACCUUCCAAGAGAGAUGGUAAAGAUAGUGUGGUGUCAGGGAGUCACUUACAGGAUACUGAGUGGGGCCGUCUCAGUUGUUGAGGUUUCUCCGGGAGACGGAUCAGUCAUCCGCUCUAACCGCAACCUUAACUCUUAUUUUACACAUCACAAAACUGAACUCCAAUCAGGGCUGCUGAAAGAAGUAACCUACCAUUUAAACAGCCUUCCACCUGAUGUGCUUGGACAGGCCUACUCUGUUCGCGCUAUUGUGAGUCGUGCAAGCAGGAUCCUCGCUUGCUACAACCAGGCCAUGCAGUUAUUGACGUUUCCUGCCAUACCCAGCUGCUUGCAAGAACUCAAAGAAGAUGGAUAUUUUUAUAAACCAAUAGCGUUUGAGGAAAAGUUGUGCAGUGCUGUGCCUGUUGAACGACACUUGAGUGUGACAGAGGAAGCAGACAGCCGAUCAGAGCUCGUUGCUGCAGAACUUGAGAAGAUAAAGAGAUUCAACUUUCUGCUGGAGAAUAGCCAUGUGCUGAGAAGCGGGAAAACACAUGCAGAUCUGGAAGGAAGUCCUGGAGAUGUCACUCCUGAGCCACUAAAUGAGAACUCUGUUACUGAAGCUCUUCAAAGGACCUCCAGAGCAAUUCAGGAUAUUGACGCUCUCAUAUCUGCAGCCACACUAACUUAAAAGAAUCCCAGAGUUAAAGGAGAAAGCCAUAUUUGUGUGUUUGUUGGUAAAAACAUAAAACUGUAUAGGAUGCUACUUAAAUAAAACCUUAUU